GCUUCCAAUCGAUUGAGCUGUUUAUGCUACAGCCUGCUUGAACGUCUACUUUACAACAUUACACCUCUCUACAGCUUUACAGCUCGUCCAGUCCAAUGAUAAAAGUCGCUCACAUUGCAGACAACUGAUGUGAAAUUUCCGCUUGACUCACAGCGUCUCUUUCUCUUUUCUUCUCCCACCAGUAAGGCAUAUCAUGAAACAAUUCGCUCGGUUACCCGUCUACCAGAGCAGGCUCAUCCAGUCUAGUCCAAAAUCUUUGCCAUCGGGGUCGCGAUGCUUUGCUGGCCAGGCCAUCCCACCUGCUCCCUCGACGCGAUAUAAAGCUGCCACUCACGUUCCUUCGACGCAAAGCGCCAACGAAGCUACUGCCAAAACUCUGUCGCGUGCAUCGACAUAUCUUUUACCUGUAUAUGCCCGGCCGGACUUUGUUCUUUCCCAUGGAAAGGGAUCGUACGUCUGGGAUACAGAGGGUCGGAAAUACCUGGACUUCUCAGCCGGAAUCGCUGUAAAUGCGCUAGGUCAUGCUGAUGAGGGAGUGGUAAAAGCCAUAUCGGAUCACGCAGGGAAACUCUUACACACGAGUAAUGUGUACCAUAAUGAGUGGACGCCCCAGCUCGCCGAGCUUCUUGUCACCUUGACCCAGAAGGAGGGGGGACUCGGCUUUCCCUCUUCUGGGUCUGGUGCUACGUCUGCUGCUGAAGGAGUGAAAGUAUUCUUUGCUAAUUCUGGUACUGAAGCCAACGAAGGGGCGCUCAAGGUAGCCCGAAAGGUUGGCAAGGACCGGUGGGCAGCAGCAGAACCCGGGCGGUCUUGGGACUCAAGAGGGUGUACUAAGACGCGAUUGGUCUGUUUUGAGAAUUCAUUCCACGGAAGGAGUAUGGGUGCCCUGAGCGUUACUAGCAACCCCAAAUAUCAGACUCCGUUCGCCCCGUUGCUUCCAGGAGUCGAUGUGGGUAAAGUGAAUGACUUUGCCGGCCUCCACGGGCUGGUGACUGACAAUACCUGUGCUGUCAUUGUGGAACCGAUACAAGGGGAAGGGGGAAUCAACGUGGCCCAAACGGAAUGGCUUCAGGCUUUACGCAAACGCUGUGACGAGGUCGGGGCGGUUCUGAUUUUCGACGAAAUUCAGUGUGGGUUGUACAGGACGGGUUCUUUGUGGGCACAUUCCACGCUGCCAGUUGAUUCCCAUCCAGACAUCGUGACUAUGGCAAAGCCGCUCGCUAAUGGAUAUCCCGUCGGGGCUGUCAUGAUUCGAGACUCAGUUGCUUCAACUAUGACAGCUGGAACCCACGGGACGACCUUUGGAGGUUCGCCACUCGCGGGCGCUGUUGGUCAUUACGUACUUUCACAAUUGUCGGAGCCUUCUUUCGUGACGCAAGUCAAGGAAACGAGUGCCUAUCUUACUUCUCGGCUGGAACAACUGCCAAGGUGGUUCCCGGAAGUUCUACAGCCUCAUAUUCGAGGAAGGGGACUGAUCCUUGGACUCGGAUUCAAGAAUGCUUCAGACCCGAGUCGGGUGGUCCAGUUAGCGCGAGAGCGAGGUGUAUUUGUCUUGACGGCAGGAAAAGACGCCGUGCGACUGGUACCUAGCCUGAAUAUUGGGAAGGGUGAAGUAGAUCUUGCGGUAGACGUAAUAGAAAGCUGCCUGGGAGAGCUGUAGAAUCAGUUGAUAUAAACACUGAAUGCGCAGCUAGUUAGAAUAAUACGACCGGACAUGGGGACCAAAUCAAAUACCGUAAAUAGUAAUGCGGCACGCGGGUCUCUACACCGGACGAAUCGGAGAAACCCGA